GUCACACGCUCCUAAGAACAUCUACAAUAACGCGAUCGACGUAACAGCUUACGAGCUGUAUGCGCGCGCCUAUUCAUACAUCAUGGAGUCAAUCUCUCGAAUAUCCAACUUACUAGAGAGUGCUCGGGAGCUCACCCUCGACGCAGCCCAAGCCGCCCGGAGUUCUCGAAGCACCACACGAACAUUACCUGUACCGCAACUCAAAAAGCUCCUAGAUAGUCGAAAUGAUCGUGAGGUGCUCGAUGGACUUCGGCGCGUCAUCUCCAUGAUGUACCGCCAGCAGAAAACCCUACCCUUCUUCUCCUCUGUCGUCAAGAAUGUAGCAUCGCCGAACAUAGAAAUCAAGAAACUUGUAUACAUAUACCUCAUUCACCAUGCCGAACAAGAACCAGAUAUGGCUUUACUAUCCAUCAAUACCAUCCAGAAAUCCUUGUCAGAUUCGAACCCUCAAGUACGAGCCCUCGCCCUACGUACCAUGUCCGGUAUUCGAGUCCCAGUCAUCAGCCAGAUCGUCUCGUUAGCUAUCAAGAAAGGUGUGGUCGACAUGUCUCCCCAUGUGCGCAAAGCCGCUGCUCUUGCUAUACCGAAAUGUUACCGUCUCGAACCGAGUACUCUGCCGCAAUUGUUAGAAAACUUGACGACACUCCUCGGUGACAAGCAGUACUUUGUUGCUGGAGCUGCCGUUAGUUCUUUCAACGAGAUAUGUCCCGAUAGAGUGGAUUUGAUUCACAAGCAUUAUAGGAGUCUCGUCAACAAGGUCGUCGAUAUGGAUGAAUGGAGCCAGCAUGCGAUGCUAAGGAUGAUGUCAGUUUACGCACGGAAAUGCUUUCCGAGGCGAACUAGAAGUGCAAAAGCAAAGGACAAGUCGGCAGAUCUCCAGGACUUCUACGGGGAUGCUUCAUCGGAAUCUAUAUCGGAAGGGGAGCAAGUGAUUGUCCUUGACCCAGAUCUUGUCCUAUUGCUUAACAAAAUCAAGCCACUUCUCCAAAGUAGGAACUCUGGAGUGGUGGUGGCUGUAGCCCGUUGCUAUGUGGAUAUAGGUACAGCCGAAUACACAAAAGCUGCCGUUGGACCCUUGGUUGCUCUUUUGCGGGGAGCGCAAGAUAUUCAACAGGUUGCGCUCUACAACAUAGUUUCCGUCUGUCUAGCACACCCAGAGUCUUUCGUUAGACAUGCGUCCCAUUUUCUUGUCCGCGCUACUGACACAGCCCCGGUGUGGGAAUUAAAGCUUGAGGUUCUCACAUUAAUCUUCCCUCAUAGCCCCUUACAUACGAAGAGCCUCAUACUCAAUGAGCUCGAACACUUUUCUCGCGGGACGAAUAAAGCUCUUGUUCGCGAGGCCGUACGAGCCAUUGGCCGUUGCGCGCAGGGAGACCCAGCAACCGCAUCCCGAUGCAUGCGACUUUUACUCGGACAAAUAACAAGUUUAGAUGGCACACUAGCUGCCGAGUCUCUAACAGUGAUCCGACACCUUAUUCAGCAAGACCCUCAAGCGCACGUAGGAACUGUCGUGCGCUUAGCAAAAAACCUAGAUUCUGCAACCGAUCCACAAGCGCGCGCAACCAUCGUCUGGCUCGUAGGCGAAUUCGCCGGUCUGAACGGCGAGGACAACAUCGCAGCCGACGUGCUACGUAUACUCCUAAAAGAAUUCGCAGACGAGUCCGAAAUCGCCAAGCGGCAGAUCGUCUUACUCGCUGCAAAAGUGUACCUGCAUCACCUCAACCGAGUUACCGAAGCACAGAAGUCGGAGGAAGAGAGCAAGGAACCUCCUCCUAACUCAGAAGACCACCCCAUAGCCCGUCUGUGGAAUUACGUCCUGCUACUCGUCCGGUACGACACCUCGUAUGACCUCCGCGACCGCACGCGCCUGUACAAAGCCCUGCUCAGCGUGCCCCAGCUCGCGACCCUCAUGCUGCUAGCGCCUAAACCGGCGCCGCAGGCCCCGAGCCCGUCGGAGACCCGUAGAGGGUUUGCGUUGGGGUCCUCAGCGCUAGUCCUUGCGGGUGGCGGCGGCGUGCAUGGUCUUCGUGGCUACGAGGCCCUGCCCGACUGGGUCGCAGAGGGCCGCGAGCCGGACCCGAAAUUAAGAGGUGUGGAGGGCUCUAGAAAUGAGUAUGCGGAUGAGAAGAGGGUCGUGCCUGCUGCGCAGAUGCUUGGGGAUGCGCGCGGCGGGGUGGUGAGGAGUAAUGGGUUAUCCUCUGCGGCGGCGGCGGGAGCGGGGAUGGGUGCGAAGACUUUGGAUGAUUGGCUUGCUGAGGAUGAAGAGGAUGAUGGGGAAGAUGAGGGUGGGGAGGAGGAGAGUGAGGAGGAAGAAGAAGAAGAAGAAGAAGAAGAGGAAGAAGAGUCGGAGGAGGAAGAAUCUGAAGAGGAAGAGGAAGAGAGCGAUCAAGAAUCGGACGAUGCGAAGGCUGAGUUGGAAGGGUUCCUUAAUCGUUAGCGUUAUACUCUCUUCGCGUCCUAUAAUCCGAACGCUCUUACGGAUUUUUUGGAAUUGGGGUGGUGGGAUAGAAGCUCUUAUGGGUGCAUUGGGACUCGCUACAUAGAUUUGGAGCAUCACUGGAGCAUUAAACCAUGCCCUGUUUAUGGAUAAUGAAGAAUCGUUAAAGCAUAAGACUUAGU